GGGGGGCGGGGCUUCUUCCUCAGCCCCGCCAGCUGUCCAGGAGCAGCGGCUCCCUCCUCAUCCCUGUCUGCCUCACCGGCCGGCGGCUGCAGUGCCCUCAAGUCAGUCCUGACCGCAAUGCGAUGUUGUGGCUGACCGCCAGUGCUACGUGCCGUUCCCUUUCGGAAAUUUAGCUUCGGAAUGUUAGUUCAGCUUUGUCUAUACGUUUACUGCAAGUGUCUGUGGAGGUUUCUCAAGUUUAUCCUCCGAAAAAUAACAGGAAAAUGUGAGCUGCAGAGAAUCUGCUACAGCAGGAAACCUGGAGCUCAAAGGACUUUGAAAAUAGAGGCAUCAUUAAAGUCCUCCAAGAAUGAACUACUCCAAUCUGCUGUGGUAACCCAUGUAGACGAUAUCGAAAGGACUGUUGAUAACAUCAUGCGACUGAAAAAAAUUAAUCCUGAUACCAAUCCACAGUUUGGGAUUUCUCUGCAAGCCUGUCUCCUACAGAUUGUAGGAUAUAGGAGAUUGAUUGCAGAAGUUGAAAAACUCCGCAGAGAUCAGUAUGAUUCAGAAAAUCCACACCAUGAAGAAACUCUGUUGAAGCUGUGGACUUUCCUCCGGCCUGAUGUAACAUUGAGUGGUCGAAUUAGCAAGCAAUGGUGUGAAAUAGGUUUCCAAGGUGAAGACCCAAAGACUGACUUCAGAGGAAUGGGGAUGUUGGGGCUUUAUAACUUAGUCUUUUUUGCAGAACAUGACAAUACAACUGCACGCCAAGUUCUUUUUGAUUCUCACCAACCAAAGUACAGGGAACAAACCAAAGAAGAUGUGAGCAAAAUGAAUGCAAAGGAAUGGGAAAAGAAAAAAAAUGAUCAGGCAAUUGGAUUUUCCUUUGCUAUAGUGGGAAUUAACAUCACUGACCUUUCAUAUACUCUGCUAGUAAGUGGGGCAUUGAAAACACAUUUGUACAAUGUUGCCCCUGAAGCACCAUCACUUUUUCACUUCCACAAAAUCUUCUGCUAUCUGAUGCAACAGUUUCACAAAUUUUGGAUUGAAGAGGAUCCACUCGAUAUAAUGGAAUUUAAUCGUGUUCGAGAAAAAUUUCACAAGCAGAUUAUAAAGCAGCUUCAGAACCCAGAUAUGACCCUAUGCCCCCGUUUCACAGCUUCAGAAAAUCUAAUUAAUCUGUAAAUCUUGGUCUUGCCAUAAGUCAUGUCACUGCUUCAUCUCUGUACUUGAGUGUGAACUGAAUUUAAGAAACUGAAGUCAAAUCACAGUCUUGAUCACAACCAGCAUAUUUGAUGACCAUGGUGACUGUAUGCAUGCUUUAUUUUAAGUAUAAUAGUUCUCCAUCUGGUGCCAUAAAAGGACAUGCUAGGUUACAUGAACACUGGAAGUAUUCUCCAUAAACACUUGCUCAUAUUGUGGCAGUAUGGAGUGUUACAAUCUAAUCAAUGGAAGAGACUUCUCUAUUUUUUUAUUGUUUUCAUACAUGAGCACAGAUAAGCUGUACUUUUGUUGUGCUUUGUAAUGCUGUAGAGGGUACAUAUGUAAUAACCUUUGUUUAGAGCUUUUAUCAUGAUAGUAACAAAUUUACAGAUAUUAAUUACUAUGGAAGAAUGUAUUUUGAUCAAAUGAAUAGUGCAUUUUUCAUAACCAUACGCACAAAUGCCAUUUUAUUGGGAUUAAGCUAUAUAUUUGGUAAUUUUACUAGUCAAUAAAUAUGGGUGACUAAAUGUACUAUACAAUUGUACUUUGUUUGACUGUAGAUUAGGUAGAGCAACAAUAAGCUAUUUCGACAUCCGUAUUUGCCAUGAAACUGCCAAGUAGUUUGUCAGUUCUUGGCAUAAUCUAUAUUCCACAGUUUGGCAAUGAUUAACAUUAGUCUUAUUUAUUAAUAUAUGGAGUAACUGUUAUUGGACGUACAGGUGUGCAGUAGAGUGCGCACGAUGCAUGUUUGCUUAAAUCUUUUCCUGAACUGGAAUAUGGAAAGUUUUGUAAUUCUGUGCCAUAUCUAAUCUAUAGAUCUCUCUGGGUCAGAAUGGAGAUAAGGUAGCCUUCCAACAUUGUUGUUCUGAUUAUAACCUGCAGACACAAACAAAAAUAUGUUGUUUAUUCAUCAAUAGGAGGACAUGGAGUUAAAAUAAUGUGAAAUUCCUAAACAGGGAAUCAGUUACGUGAAUAUUUUUAUUUAUAAAAACAUUGUGUAAAAUUAUACAAUUUGAAAUACAUCCACAUCUCAUUAGUGAAUAUCAUAUUAGAAAUGAUGCUUUUUUUUCUCUUACCCACAAACCAAAUCUUCUUUAAUGAAAUUUUUUACAAUUGAAUUGCUUGUAGCUUUGAUUUGAAGAUGCCUAUAUACACUUCAUUUCGCUGUCUUAUCCUAUUCACCGUCAUACUAAAUGUCAGAUUCUUAAUGGAAUACUAGUGACUAUUAUUCUUUACUUUCUGCCCCCCUCAAUAACACCUCCCACCCCCAUCCCCAGUGUGGGUGGGAUUGAAGUGUAAGUUUUUACUAAAGCAUAUAAAUUGUAUUUAAAUCCAGUUAGGUAUUAAUAAUAGGAUUUUCUUGAUUUGAUUUAAAAAUAAUUUGCUUUUUGGAAUUGUGAUUCGUUUGUUGCCCACAGUAUAUUAGUAAGGACCACUGUGUUAAUACUUUAGGAGAAUGUUAAGAGUAUAAUCAUAAUAAUGGGCUUACUGUGAAUUUUAUUUAAUAACAAUGGUCUGAACAAACUUCAAUCUACAGGCUAUUUUGUUUAGCAAAUGCAAAUCUCCAGAACCAAGCAAUCGCUUCUUAAUUUGCUGAAUUUAAAAUGGCCAACUGACCACUUAGUAUGUAAAGAGAACGCUCUUCAGAAAUAUAUGUCAUUGUUUGUAUCUCUCCACAAGUGCAUAUGGAGUUUGUAAUGAGGCCCCAGUGGUGGAGGUUGGGUGCCACUCGUGAAACAUCAAAAAUGAAUCUCUAAACUUUAAACUUGCUGCUGUAUUAAAUGACCGACCCUAACAGGUAAUAUUAUUCACUUUUAGUCUAGUUCCAGAAUGAUGUCAUUCAUGUUGAGGUCACUUUAGAAAUGAGACUAUUCUAGAAUGCUUAAGUAAUGACUGGGGAGAUAUUAUGAAUGAAACUUCUCUUACAUAAAGAAUGCAUCUAAUUGUGCUUUAAACAUUGCAGUGCUUGUCCUAGUUAGUUCAUUCUUCUUGUAACAUAUAUGAAUUCACCUUUAUAACAAAACACCUGAAAUUGGAAAGCGUGUGGAUGUGAAAUCAAUAAAGUAUUAUUUCUGCUUCAUAUUCAAAUCUGGAAGCAAGCACAUCUUAAGUUUCCUUGUUCUUGCAUUUGGCAUUUAAGUUUAUUAUUUGCAGAUGUAUCUAAUAGUACUUUUGUAAACAGAUGAAAAAGUAUUAAAUGAAAGCAUCCGCAGAGUAAUGUUAGGAAUAUUGCAAGAAGGUAAGGGAGGUUCAAGAAUGUAAACUCCAGGUUUUUUUUUGCCCACUUCCUGGCAAAGAGUAUGCUAGGGUCCUUGGUUUACAUGGUAACUGAUUAUAAAUCAGGCUGAGUGUAAACAGGUGACCAAUAUGAACGCAUGCAUUUUCCACCAGGUCAGUAAAAUCAAUAUCAUCCCAGAUGCCAGGUGUAAGAGAGCACAAUUUAGAUUUAUUUGAAUUAAGGGGGUAUGAGUAUGGUAAAGCCAAUGGUAAUUACUUGAAGUUGUACUUCUGUUUCCACUGUCCUAAUAACAUUACUUUAGCAAUCCUUCCUAUUGUUAAUUAUAGUAGAAGAAUGGAGUUUUUAAAAGCUCAGAAUCUGAUUUCUAGUAAAUGUAAAAAACGGAGUUAAUUGUACUUGAAAAGAUCUUAGAAUUCUGUCACAUUCUAAAAUCAGGCCUUGUCUUUCAUUUCAGAAAACCCAUUUUCUUUAAUUAUAUUUUAUUACUCAGUUAAAAUAAAGUUUAAAUUAAUGAAUUAAGGUAUUACCAAAAAAAAUUGACAAUGUUUUCACAAUGUCAGUUCAUGUUUGUAUAACGAAUUACAUUGUAGUUUGAUAUAAUGUGGAAUACAUGGUGUGAUCUUAGAAUCAUUAAUACCAGAGUUCAAAUUUUUUUCAUCAGUUGUCAGUUCUCUUGGGCAGUUCAAGUUCCACUCAAAAUUUAAUAGAAAAUAUAGCUGGUUACAUUGGACCAACAUCACAAUAUGCAUCCAUUCAGUGUAUAUAAGGUAUAUUAUUCGUUAACACAUUGUUUUGUGAAUUAUGCAAUUAUACUUGGCAUCCAGUGCUCCUUCCAAUACCUUUCAUCAACCAUAGUAUAUUGAAAGAAUAUCUGCUUCCAUUGUUAAGCUGAUAUGUUCCAGGCUCAUACAGUGGACCUUGGUCUCCAGUUGUCCAUCAGUAGUGGAGUGUGUCUAUGUGGCACCCAUUGGAUUCAGUAGAAAAAAGCUGGCUGUGAUAUGCACCUAAUUAAAAUCGUCCUUAAAAUUUGAAGAGUACAGAUUAAGUUAUCUCACUCAGAGUUUGUGUACGAAUUUGGACUUCGCAAUGUUGCACAAUAACUUUUACUGGAUCUUAAGUAGUUGUGAAAUGUACAGAUCUCAGUUUCUUUAAUUUUGAAAAUGCAGAUUUAUUGUUUUAAGUCACUAUUUAAUCUCACAUUUACCUACCACAAUAGAAAUUUCUCCACUUAUCGCCCCAGCAGCAGAGAAUCUGCAUUUUAAGUUCAUAUUAUUUGUUUUAAUGUUGAGGAGCCCACUCAGUGGGCAAGCUUUCUUUGACUUGGUUUUGUUCAAUGACAAGAGGUUAAUUAAUUAUCUUGUUCUGAGAGGGCCUUUAUGAAAAGGUGACUGUGACACAUUAGAAUUGUUUAUUGGGAUAGAAAAUGAAGUAGCCCUCAAGCUCAAAACUAUGCUGUUAUAUCUAAAUAAAGCACACUACAAAUUUAAGUGGAAAAUCUUGGUUGCAAUAGACUCAAUAACUUAAUUAAAAGUAACUUUGUUAACUCCAUUACAAUGGAUACAAAAUGGUUAAUAUUUAAGGAACUAAUUAAUGCAUUGCAGCAGUUAUGCAAUUCUUUCAGAUGAAACAACACAACAGGAAAGGUGGCCCAAGCAUGGUUAACAAAAAUAUUAAGGAGCAUAUUAGAUCCAAAGAGGAAUUAUACAAAGUUGCAAGAAAAUGUUGAAAGCCUGAGGACUGCUAACAUUUUAGAAUCUAAUAAAGGAGGACCAAGUAAUUCAUUAAGAGGAAAAAGUGAGCAUGAAAAGAAUAUUUCAAGAAAAAAUAAGAACUUUGUUAAAUAUGUAAAAAGUAAAAGAUUAAUGAAGACAAAUAUGAUACCUUACAGUUUGAAACUGUAGUAUUGAUAAUGGAAAUCAAGAAAAUGAGAGACAAAUUACACUUUUUAUUCCGUCUUCACAGAAACCACACUUAGCUUCCCAGAGGUGUCAGGGAAACAAGUGAAAUUUGGGAAGGAGGAACUGAAGUAAAUUAUUAUUUGUCCUUUUCUUAGAAAGAAAGUACUGAUAAAAUUAUUCAGAAUGGAAGCUGAUAACUUGCCAGGACCUAUAAUCUACAUCUUAGAGUACCACAAGAGGUUGACUGUUUCACUGCCUAUAUGAUCAAUGCUGUUUUGCAAAAUGCUGCAGUUUCUGGAACUGUCCCAGCAGAUUGGAAGAUGGCAAAUAUAGUCGUACAGUUUUGAAAACUGAUGGAGAGGGAAAACUGGGAAUUACAGACUAGUUAACUAAACAUCAAUAACAUGAAAAAUGCUAGAGUCUAUUGUCAAAGACGUAAUAACAGAACAUUGAAAUAAUACUAAAUGUAUUACAAAAAGUCAGCAUGAAUUUAUGAAAGGAAAAUAAUGUUUGGCAAACCAUGUGGAGUGUUUUGGAGCAGUAACUAGCAGAAUAGAUGAAGGAAACCUGGAUAUAUGGUAUAUUUAGAGCAGCAAGCAAUUGGAAGGUAACUGGUGUGUUGGUCUUUAUUGCUAGAGGGUUUGUGUACAGGUGCAAGGAAGAUUCACUGCAGUUGUACAGGGCCAUGGUGAGACCAUACCUGGAAUAUUGUUUGCAGUGUGGUUUCCUUACCUAAGAGAAUAUAUAUUUGCCAUGGGGGAGUGCAGUGAACAUUCACCAGACUGACUGAUUGAAAGGCAAAUCAGGGCAGAACUUAUGCACUUAAUGGUAAGAUCCUGGGGAAUGAGAAAGAGACCUUGGAGUACAGGUUCGUAAUUCCUUGAAAGUGGAAUCGCAGAUAGACAGGUUCAUGAGCAAGGCAUUUGGUAUGCUUGCCUUUACUGGUCAGGGCAUUGAGUUGGGGGAUCGUGUUGUGGCUGUACAGAACACUGCAACUUUUGGAAUACUGCACACAGGUCUGGUCUCCCUGCUAUAGGAAAAAUGUUGCAAAACUUGAAAGGGUUCAGAAAAGAUUUACAAGUAUGUUACCAGGGUUAGAGGGUUUGAGCUACGUGGAGGGGCUAAAUAGGCUGGGGAUAUUUUCCCUGGAGCGUCAGAGGCUGAGGGGUGAACUUAUAGAAGUUUAUAAAAUCAUGAGGGGCAUGGACAGAGUAAAUAGACAAUUUCUUUUCUGUGGGCUGGAGGAGUCCAAAACUAGAGGGCAUAGGUUUAAAUUGAGAGGGGGAAGAUUUAAAAGGGAUUUAAGGGGCAGUGUUUUCCUACAGAGGGUGGUGCAUGUAUGGAAUGAGCUGCGAGAGGAAGUGAGAGGCUGGUGCAAUUACAAUAUUUAAAAGGAAUCUGGAUAGGUACAUGAACAGGAAGGGUUUAGAGGGAUCUUGGCCAGAAGCUGGCAAAUGGGUCUAGAUUUAUUUAGGAUAUCUGGUCAGCAUGGAUGAGUUGACUGUAGGGUCUGUUUCCAUGCUGUGUACCCCUAUGAUUCUUGAGUGGCACUUUGUCAUAUAAAGAGACAUUAAAGCAGCUGGGCCGGUAGUUUAUUAGACUGAAAAGGGGUUUCAUUGAAACGGUUAUAAUCCUGACAGGGGUUGACAGACUUGGACGUAGAGGACCCUGGCCGAGGAGCGUGAAGUCACUGAAUAUAUUUAAGGAAGAAUUAGAUUUCUGGAAGCCAAAGGUGCCAAGGGUAUGGGGAAGAGUGUGGGUUAAUGAUGUUGAGAUGGUGGAGUGGGUUUGAUGUGCUGAAUGUCAUGUGUCUGCCCCGAUUUUCUGAUUCUGUAUUUUUUUAGAGGAUGCUAAAUUGCAGAAUUUAAAAUAUGAAUAGCACUUACACCGGUUUUAUUCCUCUUCAAUUUACUCUUUUUAAGGCCUACAGUAUAAAGUUUCCUGUUAGUAUGUUACUGCAACUGGAUAAAUAAAGAGAAUAGCUUCAUUCUCUCUAUCACAGCUAAUGUGUGGUUCAGAUGAUAACAUUCUGACAUUUGAAUGCAUAUGUUUGGUAAAAUUUCUACAAUAGUCCUGGCUUCUACACCAAUAUAGCAAAAGACAUGUUUCUUUGUUAGGGAUUGUGAUGUUUAGUUGUUCCAUUACACUCUGUUGCCAUGAUUCACUUGGACUGGUUGGGUGGUUGGUACAUGAUUAAGAUUCUGUGAUGAAAUGUUAAAGAAAAGUUGGAAUUCGUAGCAACAUUCCUUACUCAUCCAAUGCCACAAAGUAGAUUAACAAUUUAGCCAUAUCGCAGUAUGCGGAAUCUUGUGUUCAAGGUGUGCCAUGUUUGUCUACAUAAUAAUCACCAAGAUUCUUUUGCAAAACUUGAAUGGUACUAUCUAAACACAAAUUACUUUUUUUUUCAUUACAUUUCCCUUCCCUUUCACAGUAAUAAAAACUCUAUUGUGAGGGGCAAUGUAUAACUGAAAGCUCAAACUUUGGUUGAAUUACAGUGGAAUUUAAUGUUGCAGUCCGCAACCUUUUACAAAUAUUAAACCGCAUUAACAGUUGCUUCAAUAACAUUAAGUCAAUGUAAAUAUUUUAGUCCAUGCAUAUCUAUUUGAAGAAUGUUACCGACAUUCAAGUGUGUAGGUUUUGGGGUAGGUGAAGUGCAGCAAAAUCAUUGAAGGUUUGGGUAUUCUCAACAAAUACUAAUGGUAAAGGAAGCAUGUUAAUAUGUAAAAAGGUGUAAAUGCUACAGUACACUUUAAAAUUUUGGAAAAAUAGUUGGAAAUUGACUUUUGUCAUGGCAUUCAAACUAAUUGUACAACAGUCUUUGAGAAAUGUGUACUGCAUAGCAACUCUGUGGUUAGUUACAGUUUUAAUACAGCACAUUGAAUGGAUAUUAUUGUAUGUUUUGACAUUUUCAUUUUCCUGGCAUAAUUCUAAAUAAAUACUACUGUGCUUGCUAAGUCUUCA